AUGGAGCACAUGCAGAAUGGACAAGUAUGCGCUUCUGGCAUCAUUUUUCCUGCUAACAGCACCAGCUCUAUCUUCUCCAGCUUCCUGGUCACAGGCAUCCCAGGGCUGGAAGCUGGCCACGUCGGGGUCUCUAUACCCUUCUGCACCAUGUUCCUCAUCACCUUGGUGGGCAAUUUGACCAUCAUCACAGUUGUGUGGAGGGAGCACAGUCUCCAUGUGCCCAUGUACCUAUUCCUGGCCAUGCUGGCUGCCUCUGACCUGGGCCUGUCCCUCGUCACCUUCCCCACCAUGCUGCGCAUCUUCUGGCUGGAUGCUCGAGAGCUGACCUUCCCUGCUUGCUUCACCCAGAUGUUCUUCAUUCACACCUUCCAGGUUGGUGAAUCUGCUGUUAUUCUCGCUAUGGCCUUUGAUCGCUAUGUCGCCAUUUCUCAGCCACUGCGCUAUUCCUCCAUCCUCACUCACAGGGUGAUUGGGAAGAUAGGUUUGAUUAUUGUUAUUCGAACUUUGACAGUGCAGGUGCCUCUGCCUAUCCUCUUGAAGAGGCUGUGCUUCUGUGGCUCCAACGUACUUUCUCAUUCCUACUGCCUGCAUCCUGACAUCAUAAAGCUCUCCUGCUCCAAUACCAGGGUCAAUAGCAUCUAUGGACUCUUCGUGGUGCUCUCCACCAUGGGUCUUGACUUCCUCCUCAUUCUCCUUUCUUACGUGUUGAUUCUGAAAACUGUGCUGAGCAUUGCCUCCCAUGGUGGGCGCCUCAAAGCUCUCAACACCUGCAUCUCCCACCUAUGUGCUGUGGUCCUCUUCUUCACACCCAUGAUCUGCCUGUCUAUGCUGCACCGCUUUGGCCCCAGGCUUCCCUCCCACGUCUAUGUGACCAUGGCCAACAUGCACUUCCUCAUUCCCCCAGUAAUGAAUCCCAUUGUGUAUGUGGUGAAAACUAAGCAGAUUCGAGACAAAGUCCUGAAACAGUUCUUUAAAAAGUAA